GGUACGAUAUAUGAUCAGUACCGGCGAACCUUCGCUUGUUGACGGGUCUUCUGUUUUUAUGCAACUUGAGAACCGGUGUUUUUCGUAUAUCGAUAUCGACAACAGCAAAUUAGGCAUGUCUACGACUUUAAAUCAUGUUGAAAUAACAUCAGGUUAUGAAGUUAUUGGAAAUGAACCCUUGAAUUUAGUUAGUUCUGAAGAAGGAUUUCAAAUACACAAGAAAAUUAUUACAAGCCAUGGUGACGAAAAUUCUAAUGAAUCAGGCACGAAAAAUCCCAACAUGCUUGAAAUCAAGGAACCCUUCGAAUCACCAACGUUGAUGGUACUUUUUCUAACUCAAAUCAGUUUUUAUAUUCUCAUGUUCCUAUAUUAUAUUUCAUCAUUUUUUCCACCCAAAAUCGUCAAAGAGAAAAAUCGGGAUGGCUACCAACCUCUUCUCGAUAGAUUUUCCAUCUUUUACUCCAGAUACGUUUUCAGAAGGAUGAGAGAUUGUUGCGAUUAUCCAAUUUGUAGUGUGGCCGGCAACGAGAUUGUAGUAAAAGAACGCGUCACCAAGGAUAAUGGAUGGACCUUCGAAUUUACCGGUUCGGAACGAAAAUGUAUCAAUCUUGGCUCAUACAACUAUCUAGGAUUCGCAGAAAAGUCAGGACCUUGCGCAGAAGCAGCGAUCUCAUCCGUUUAUAAAUACGGCAUCAGCACUGGGAAUUCUCGACAACGGUAUGGCACUUGCGAACUCCACGACAAAUUGGAAAGGUUGAUGGCAGAGUUUCUUGGCGUCGAAGAUGUUAUCACGUUUGGCAUGGGAUUCGCAACCAACUCUCUCAACAUUCCUACCCUCCUUUCACCUGGUAGUUUGGUUCUCAGUGACGAAAAAAACCACUCUAGUAUUAUUCUCGGCAUUAGGUUAGGGGGCGUUACCGUUAGAGUAUUCAAACAUAACAGUGUUGAACACCUAGAAAGACUUUUAAGGGAAGCUAUCUACUAUGGCCAACCCAACCAACCGGAGGGAGUAUUCAAACCGUGGAAAAAAAUAGUUAUAUUUGUGGAAGGGGUCUACAGUAUGGAUGGAACAAUCGUACGCCUCCCAGAAAUGAUAGCCCUGAAGAAAAAAUAUAAAGCAUAUCUUUAUAUUGAUGAAGCUCACAGUAUUGGUGCUCUGGGAAAAAAGGGCGUUGGUGUUGUCGAUUAUUUCCACUGUAAUCCAAAAGAUAUCGAUGUUUUUAUGGGUACAUAUUCAAAAAGCUUCGGUUCAUCAGGAGGAUACAUUGCUGGAACAAAGGAGUUAAUUACAUGUCUACGAGAAAAAAGCGUUGCUUCUCGACACGCAUGGGCUAUGCCCCCUCCACUCGCCUCGCAGAUUAUAUCAGUUUUGAAAAUACUCAUGGGUAAAGAUGGUACAAAUGAAGGACGGCAGAGAAUUGAGAGGUUGGCAAGAAACACGAAAUAUUUCAAAAAGCGUCUUCGACAAAUGGGACUCAUUAUAUAUGGAAACGAAGAUUCGCCAGUAAUUCCGAUUUUGGCAUUUCACUAUUCCAAAAUUGUUGCCAUGCUUAGAGCUCUUUUUAAAGAGAAAAUAGCCACAGUUGGGGUCGGAUAUCCAGCUACCCCUUUCUCUCAGGGAAGGAUUCGAAUCUGUCUUUCCGCAGAGCUCACCAAAGAACAAAUAGAUUAUUCUCUUAACGUUAUACAGAAAUUAGUGGACGAAAUGGGAGUGAAAUAUUCACGAAAACUAAGCAAAAAUUCUCCUAUAAGUUUUUAUAAAACCAACACAUAUUCAGAUUCAUAAACUUCCCAGGAUAUUAAAUAAUUUUAUCUGUAUUUUUUAAAAAAAAGCAGAAAUAUUGUAUUGAAUUUGUAUCUGAAUGUUCAAUGCAAAAAUGUAAAUGUAAAUCUAUGUACAUAUAAGUACGGACUCCAAUGCACGUACCAUAGAGGUUAGGUUGGGCUAAUUUGCCCAUGUAAGUAUAUGUCCCACAGAGGUUAAUCAGUGGACCAAUUUUCCGAUUUAUAUAUCUAUAUAAUAAACUAUAUAUUAUAGUUAACAAUGAAACUUAUUUAAGAACA